AUGGUGAAGUACGGCCUCGACUACACACGGUGCAGAUGGAUCCUACCCCUGCUCCUGGGCAUAGGUGUCAUCUUUGGUAUCAUUGCGCUGGCGGGCAGGGGCUGGCUGGAGUCGCAGACCUUGCCCUACGUGCACCAAGCGUCGUUAUGGGAGAGCUGCAGGAGGCCUGACCAGGGUGGGGAAUGGACCUGCGAGUCCCUCAUGGGUUACGCUUGGGGAAGAGCUGCUGCUGCCACAUACCUGGUCGGCUUUUUACUUCUAGUCAUCUGUUUUGCUUUGGCCAUCAUAGCAUUUGCCAUUGACACGCUACGGUUCAACUUCAUACGCGGGAUUGGAGGCUUGCUUUUUGUCGCUGCUGUGUUCUCCAUCAUGGGCCUGGUCAUUUAUCCAGUAAAGUUCUCGUCUGAAAUUGAAAUGACAAGAGUCAAUAUGUUCAGCUGGGCCUACGGCUUUGGCUGGACCACCGCCAUUAUGGAAAUAUGCUUGGGAUUCUUCUUCUGCUGCCUUCCUAACUAUGAAGAUCAGAUCUUGGGUAAUGUGAAGCCCACAUAUUUUUACUCUUCCCCAUAA